UAAGACGGCAGAGGGUUUCGACGCCAGCUGUCAACUUGUUACUUUCUCUUAACCCUAUUUUGGUGCAUUUCCAGCAAACACUUUUAUGAUUUGACCACUUUUUCCAACUCAGCUUGGUCACUACACGCUGGUGCAGUUUGGUUGUUCACUAUUUACUCAUUUGCAUAGCUCGCGCGACACUAACGAAUCUUCAACAGUUCGGAAACAGAGCUUUGACAUCCAACGGAAACUUUACUUAACCUUUUAGGUUUUAGGUCUACUUCUUUAUUGUCAGAUUACACAAAGUUUGCACUUCGGAGAUUUUAUUGAAGAUGGUUGCUAUGGAGCAACCACCGGGGGACUCUGAUUUACAGCCCCAAGACCUCUCCUCCACCCGUAGCCUCCCUGCUGCCAUAGACCUGACCAGAAAAGGUGAGGAUUGCCUCGUAAAAGCCAACUCCAUGGAGGCCCUACAGGUAGUCAAGCCUCCAAGCUGGUACCCAGGCUCUGGGAGCAGCAAGGGACUCUCCUUCCCAGAAACUGACCCCAACCACAGGCUUCAACCAGGAGACCAGAUCCAGCCGAACGAUGCCUUCUCCAACACUACAGUCACCCUCUCCUAUGUAAGCAGGUCUCAUAUCUUUUCCACUCAUGACUCUCUCUCUCACCAUUCCUCUCUCUACGGCGUACCGUCAAUCAGCAAGUUCUCAACAAUGGAUGGCUACCUGCAGCAGAUGGACAGGCCUCUGGGCUUAGUGCCUCAGUCUGAAAUGUUUGACUCUAUGCCUCCAGCCCAGGUGAUGGCUGAGAAUGUGGCAGGGGUGUGUCUGAUGCAGCAGUGUCAUGAAAUCAACAGCAGUCGAGUUGCCAGUAAUGGAAGAGUGGAGAAAUACAAUCCUCAUCAGAGAGCGAGUUCAAUCGAACACAGUCUUUCUCAGGACGCAGACAACAAUGCAGGACUGCAGAAUGGCAGGAGUAGCAGCAGCAGCAGCUGGUCUAAUUCUGCAAUAUGUAUCGAUUCCUCUCCAGAGCCUCUCAUUACAGAUAUGGAGGAGGAAGGACAGAGGGCUGACUCAGAGGUUCUCUUUCUCAUCUCAUCUAGAACGGAGGAGCCUGUCCUCAUCCAGGACAGCAUGAGUCCCAGGGACCUGUGUUCUCAUAGUAGGGAGUAUAUCAGUCCUCUGGAGGACACGGUCUCUCCCUCUGUUACCUCACUGGAUGAUGUAGAGAAUGUGUUCAUUCUGCCUCAGGCCUCCUGCUCACCCAGCUUUGAAAAUGAUGGUGAGAAUGCACCAAUGUUAGAUACCAGCAAGGACUACCAGCAGCCAGGACAUAAAACCAAGGCAGAUUCAGAGCCUAUUGUUGACUUGACAAAAGACAAGAGCACUCUGCCAGAGGUUUUAGAAAAGAAACCAAAGGAGACGACUGCUUCUCACUUGAAUGGUAAUGCAAAGGCAGAGCAGAGGACUUUUGAGAGGAAAAAACUUCCCCCUCGCUCUGGCAGGGGAACUAGAUUAGAGGCCAUAGUGAUGAACAUAAACCCUAACUGGUAUAAAGUAUCCACUAAGAAACCCAAGGCCUCGAAGACCCAGCCUCCGACAAAUCCCCAGACUCAGAGCAGUCCAUCUAAAGCCGACGUUAACAAACAGACCUCAUCUGUAGGGAAGAAGAAAGUCCAGAAUAAAGCAGCAUCUAGCUCAGAGGGAGAGACUAAAGUAAAGGCAGCCGCAACGAAAGGCCGUAUGGAUAGCAUUAACAGGAACACAGACAGUUGUAAAGAGUCUACGUCAGAUUCUGAACACACCCGUUUUUCCAAAUAUCCACACAGCCACAGCACAUCUCCAAAAACCUGCAGCCCACCCUUUGCUCCAGACAAAGAUUCACAGAAGAAGUCGGCACACAGAGAGUCAGAUCCCGAGCCCUCCGAGGUGCAUGUACUGACUGUAUCACCGCCACUUAAAACAUCUCCAAAAAGCCCUGGGAAGCAUAAAGUGAAGACUGCAUGCAGGGAAGCAUCGUCUCCCACAGCCAAAACAGCGAAGGUGACCCCUGCUCCCAAGAAGAAACGGAAGAAACCCAGACUGGGCAAGUUUUCCUCUAUGUUCUCCCCUCAGGAGCCUGAGAUAAAACUGAAAUAUGUCAACUACAAGGAGGAGAAGAGGGAUAUGAGGAGGGACACAUUCUCUCCUUUCAUCCACAUGGGCCUUAAACCCUCCACCACCCCUGCCACCUGUACUGUCAUCAACUACCCUGAGGAGGAGAAGCCCAGGCAAAAGAAGGGUCAGGGGCCACAGCAGGCUGGAGGCUCAGGGUCUGGGGGUUUCAUCCCUGGGGCUGUACCCUCCACCUCCUGCCUCCAGCUGGGCCGCAUCUCCACCCAUAGCCAAUACCACAGCUCCCUGGUCUGCUGCCUCUGUAGAGGCUCUGCUAACGCUAUGGACCUGGGGGACCUCCACGGGCCCUACUACCCUGAGGGCUACAGACCCAGUGCUAAACCCCCUGCUAGGAUCCCAGGCCUCAAAGAAGAUGAGGAUUUCAGUGACUCUGACUCGUCCUGCAGCAUGAGAGGCCGGGGCAGAAAGUGUGCUCGGCCCCCGGGGGUCCCCUGGCCCCACAAACCAGGUCCACGGCUGAACCAGGAUGGCCUGCUGGGGAGGUGGACUAGCGACAGCGACCCUUCAGGCAGCCCUGCAACAAAGAGGGCCAGGAUUGAGAAUGGGGCUGGGGUUACAUCUGAGGCUGCAGUAGAGGACUGGUACAGCCCCCCUGUGGUGCCUCUAGACCAGUGUGAGUACUGGCUCCACGAGGACUGUAGCAUCUGGUCUGCAGGUGUAUUCCUGGUGAAGGGGAGGGUCUACGGUCUGGAAGAGGCGGUCAAGGUGGGUCAGGAGACGACAUGUUCUCGCUGCCAUAACCCCGGGUGCCACGUUGGGCUGCUUUUUCAAAGGAUGCCUCAACAAGUAUCACUACAGGUGUUCUCUACAGUCAGACUGUGUCCUCAAUGAAGAGAACUUCUCCAUGAAAUGCACCAAGCACAAGUACAAGUCAUUCAAAGGCCCUCCUGGGAACAGAAGAGAUGACAGGUGACACAACCAGGACACAGACUACACAUGGGUGUUCCGCAGGGUCUCUCCUAUGAGCCCGGUAACCAUGGCGACACUGGAACACUGUCCUCUGAUUUGAAAGCUGGCUUUCUACUCCUCCUGCUACUUGUCCUGUUGCCUUCAAGUGAUACGCUGCACAAACUAUGCAGAAGACCACGGCUGUCCUUAUGUCCUGUUACCUCUGUCCUUCUCAUGGGACUGUACAGGUUACGGAGGCUGCUAGAUGGGCCAAUGACUGAACUGAACAGAGGAGUUGGGUGCGGGGCCCAAAGCCAAGGUCACCAUUAGAAGACAUGCUAAGCACGUGCUAUUGCUUUGUAAUUAUUUAUUAGGAAAGAGGAUUCUUUUUUUAUUUGAAAUGUUGACAAUACAAUUGGAGAUAUUUAAUUUUGUAAAGAUUUGUAUGUGAUUUAUAUAUUGCUUAUUUAUUUUUUGGGAAUUUCGUUGCUUUUGUUUUUACUUUGCAAUUGACCUGGAGGUGUGUGUGUUAUUGAAGGCUGGUUGGGUCGUGUUAUUUGACGGGUCAAAGAGGGUUAUUUAACCUGUGUGUGUUUGACACGCAACAACCCGAACAGACUUCCAUAGUUUGUGUGUCUUAAGUUAUUAGUAAGAACCAAUGCUAAAGAUUCCACUUGGUAGAGGAAGUGUUGGUCGAAUAGGGGUGGUGUGCAGAAUAGUCUAGUAUUUAGAUCAACCCCAAGUUUCUCUACAGAACCAUUUCUGACUACAAUACAGGUACUUGAUAAUAUCUAUUCAUAAAGACCAUACUUUGCUACAAGACUCAGUUGACAGGUUUAUUCUUAUGUGAUGAUAAUAAUACCGGAUUCAUCUGAUUUUAAUUCUGAUUUACAGUGGGCGGGAGUUGGCAAGGUGUGCAUUUCAACUGAUUUUACUUGCACUAUGUUUUGUCUGCCCAUUUGUGUAGUGGAUAUGAAGACUUGAGGGAACUGUAGCUUGUGUGCAUUGUUCAUUCAUCCUGUGACUACUUCCUCUAAAGAGGAUGGAAGUUGCUGAAAGCACUUUGGAGAGGCACUUGCCGUGGCUGCAGUAUUAUCUCCAAAGCAGACUCACCCUGGCCUGUAGCAUCUAAUUCAGGCACUGCCCCACAUGGUUGUUGGUAUCUUCAGUAGAGAGAACUUGUUCAUCUGUUUUCAUUCCAUUGACACCAUUCCUGUAUUUAUCUCACUGACACAGCUGUCUGAGACUGAAGUGAUUGGUCCACACCUUCAUUACCGGUCAUCUGCUCUUGGCGUUCCUCUUCUGUUUUUUUACUGAGACUAAACAAAUUAUUUUUCUUCUAGAAUUACAUUUACAACGAUAAUGCAAGCCAAUACUACCAAUACCUUACACAUGCAUUAUUUGUUUGAACAAGGGCACAUGAUGUAAACUGACUUGAUUUUAGAUGACCUCUGUCUGUAGAAUUCCCACAAGUAUAGGCAGAAGCUCUACAAUCAGUAGUUUCUAACCGUCGACCACAUUUUGGGCUUUACAUCAACCUUUACCAGGUAGCUGUUGAUUUGGUCAGAAUGGUCAUCUUUAACAUUCUCCAUUCGCCUGUCUGAAGUCAAACUCUCAGCUGAACUCUCCUAAAGCCUUAUCACUGCUAGUAGACCUCUAGAUUGUCCUACUCAUCUUCACCAGCUUUGUUGCAAAGAAAUCAGUGGGUGUCCAGUACAUUGCCUUCUGUUGGACAUCCACACAGCUAACCAGGGCAGCUCGAAUGCUGCUGCAGAUGUAAACCAAGCAGGUCUGAUAGACUGUAUAUUUAGAGAUGUCACUGUGGUUGGUUAAUGUAGGUUGUGCUGCCUGGCAGUUAGUUUCUAUGUGUACUUUUCCAUAGUGACAGUAGAGGCAGUGCUGUUCUGAGACCAGUGAAGUCUGUACAGGGAGACCGAACAGCAGUGACGGUGAAUGUUACAGCAGGUCGCUCCCCGGGUGAGGAUUCCUCACACAGCAGGAGAUACACGUGUGUGUCUGUACCAAUAUCCACAUUAGUAUAGCACCUAGAAUGAAGCAAUGUAUUGGGCAUGAAUUCUAAGUGGUAUGGCUUUUGGAAUGUAGCUAGCUACACAUAACCUCUUCUUACCUCCACAUCUGGUUAUAUUGUGCCAUCUGUCAUUUUUGUUUAUUGUUUUGUAUGUGCUGCAGUGAAACAGAUUUUGUCAAAUACUUUGCAAAAUGAGCGCCAAACGCUCUGCUGUUCCUUAUUGUCACAGCUGCUUUAUUUAAUCAAACUGAUGCAUUGUACCAGAUAGGGCAUUUGGAUUGUUAUUUUCAUGGUUGUAAAAUGGGUUUGGUUUGUAAUAUUGUUUUCAUGUCUAAAUCUCAGGGCUGGGUCUCAAUUAUUCAAAUGGUUUUUGUUUUGACCUAUGAAAUGUUAUCACACAUUGACUGGAGCAAUGCUAACAGUAGCAGGAUAUUGAUCAUCACAGCAGAGUAUGUGUUGGCUACUAUAACCUUUUCUUUACAGUCUACUGGUUAAACCUGUUCUUGAUUCAGUUGUAUUAUGGGUAACAUUUGACAAGGCUGCCAAUGUCACUUCUCUUUCCCUCUUUAUUUUAAGGUGACUUUACAGGUGUUAUUUUGUACUGUGUGGGUUUACCCCUGGCUAACAGAGGUCGAUGUAACUGUAAAAUAAAUAUUUUGUUGCACCCCU